AUGGAUAUUCGUAAGCUCCUAAGAACAACUCUGGGCGAUGAUCGAUGUCGGUUCGACGACCAGUGUGGUCAAGGAGGACCACCACCUGGCAUACCAGGCAUACCAGGAGGACCAGCACCUGGCAUUCCAGGAGGUGCAGCACCUGGCAUACUAGGCAUACCAGGAGGACCACCUGGCAUACCUGACAUACCAGGAGGACCACCUGGCAGACCAGGAGGACCGAGGCAUAUCCAGCGACCAGCAGUGGCAUACCGUAAAGCAUGCCGCGAACUAGGCCAUACUGGAUGA